AAUCAGUGGGAGAGUGGGGCGGGCCAUGCCUUUCCUAUUCCUUCGCCAUCCUAGGUAAACAAUUUGGUGCACAGGGCUACUGGGCUGCCAAAGUAAAGAUGGCGGACUUGUCGGGGACCGAUCUGUCAGAGGAGAAAGACGCCGAAAUUGAGCUAAAGAAAAGACAGAAAAGACCGUGGGAUGAUUUGCACAAGUCCGGUAAAAUCGGUAUAUCUCCUGAACUGCCAGAAACGUUGGGAUUUUACGAUAUAAGCUCUGUCAGGAGGGAGCAGCGGGAGCACCCAGCAGAUCCGUCGUUGACUCGCUUCAUUGGCGCAGAGCUCACCAGAGGCUACUUCCUGGAACACAAUGAGGCAAAGUACACCGAGCGCAGAGAGAGAGUUUACACAUUCCUGCGUAUUCCCAAGGAGCUUGAGAAGCUGAUGACCUUUGGCUUCUUCCUGUGUGUGGACGCAUUCCUGUACGUCUUCACUCUGCUGCCCCUCAGGGUGCUGCUGGCCGUGCUCCGCCUCCUCACGCUGCCAUGCUGUGGCUUCAGGGCACGCACAUGCCCCUACUGCAGGAGAAGCAGCGGGUCUCGGCUGCUGCAGCCAGCGCAGGUAUGUGACGUGCUGAAGGGUCUGAUCAUGGUGCUGUGCUUCUCCAUGAUGCAUUAUGUCGAUUACUCCAUGAUUUACCACCAGAUCAGAGGGCAGUCUGUCAUCAAACUCUACAUCAUCUACAACAUGUUGGAGGUAGCCGACCGCCUCUUCUCCUCCUUCGGUCAAGACAUCCUCGACGCUCUCUACUGGACGGCCACAGAACCCAAAGAACGGAAAAGAGACAGUAUAGGAGUCAUUCCUCACUUCUUCAUGGCUGUCUUUUACGUCUUCCUCCAUGCCAUCCUCAUCAUGGUCCAAGCCUCCACACUGAACGUCGCCUUCAACUCACACAACAAGUCCCUGCUCACCAUCAUGAUGUCCAACAAUUUUGUGGAGAUCAAAGGAAGUGUGUUCAAGAAAUUUGAGAAGAACAACUUAUUCCAAAUGUCAAACAGUGAUAUCAAGGAACGGUUCACCAGCUACGUUCUCCUGCUCAUCGUUUGUCUAAGGAACAUGGAGCAGUUUGCAUGGAAACCAGACCACCUGUGGGUGUUGUUCCCUGAUGUCUUCAUGGUCGUCACCUCUGAAGUUGCGGUUGACUUCAUUAAACAUGCUUUCAUCACCAAAUUUAAUGACAUCACUGCAGACGUGUACAGUGAAUACAGGGCCAGUUUGGCUUUCGAUCUUCUUAGUAGUCGACAGAAGAACGCUUGUACAGACUACAGUGACUCAGUGGCCCGGAGGAUGGGCUUCAUUCCUCUGCCUUUGGCUGUUCUGCUCAUCCGAGUGGUAAUGAGUUCGAUAAAGGUGCAGGGAGCUCUUUCAUACACGUGUGUGUUCCUCUUUUAUCUCGGGCUGGUUACACUUAAAGUGUUGAACAGUAUUGUGCUGCUGGGGAAGUCGUGUGUUUACGUCAAAAGGGCCAACAUGGAGGACAAACUGUUUGAGAGGCCAUCCACCACUCCAUCCUCCUCGGGGAAAAACCCCAACAAAGCUGACCAGGCCAGUUGUCCCACACCUUCAGGUGAAUCUAAGAUGGAGCAGAACCCAGUCACACCCUGCAGCCCACCACUAUGUUCCUCCUCCUCUGUGACCACCCAGCCAACUCCCAGGAGUGACUUGUUUCCUCCCCUGCCCACUGAUCCGUCUCCUGCUGCUCUAGCUAGCCGCCCUUCAACUCCACCGCCUGAACCUGAACAGCCUGCACCUUCACUCUCCAAAGAAGAGGAGUGCGAAGUACAAGGAGCCUCUGACCUGAAGCACAGGACUCCCAAAAAAGACCUGCUGGAGAUUGACCGUUUCACAAUCUGUGGUAACCGCAUCGACUGACCAGCGGCAGCCGCUGAUGUAGUGAUUAACCACUCAGGAAAGACGGAGAGCAAAUGGCCCGUCAGCCCAGCUCUCCUGGCCAACAGCAGCAGAAAGCUGAGUAUUUAUUAAAGUCAGUAAGUUAUUGUGAACAUAGACGAUCCUGCUGUUGUUGAAGCCUGAAGUCGAGAAGUUUGGCAAAGAAAACUUCAGCUGGCUGAUAAACAGUGGAAGAGAGAAAGUGUGAGUGUGGAAGCUCAGUGGUGUGAACUGUCACGUUAGUGUUAGUGUGUGUGAGGGUGAGGAUGUUUAAGUAUUUGGAGUGAGUGAGCGUGCGUUCGUGCCUGUGUGAGAAACAGUAUGUGAGAGCACACAAGCACUUCCUGUCUGAGCAGCACUGGGACCAGAAAGAGAGAAACUUCUCAGUUUACUCAUCAGCCAAAAAAAAACAGACUUUUACAUUAAAUGUAAUACCUGAAUCAUUCUUUAUUGCUUCAAGUGUUUCCUCUUUUACCUGAUUAAAAAAAAAUGUGUGGGUUCUUUUUGUGAAACAUCAGGUGUAAUCCAACAUAUCAACACUUUCCAAAAAAAGAAGUUGCCUUUUUUUUCUUUUUUUUAACAGCAGAGCAUUUAUAAUCAGACACUGAGCUUACUGAAACAAUUUAUCUAAGAAAUUUAUAUCUGGCAAAAAAGUGGAAAGGCAUCUUAGACGUUCCUAUAAUGAUAAUAUACAAUAAUAAUAGACUUGAAGCCAGUGGUUCCCAAUAUGAGGGUCAAGACCUGCAUAAGAUGUCACAAGAUAAAUCUGGUGGGUCACAAGGUGAUAAAUAACCCAGGAAAGCAGGAAAAAAAAAACAUGUAUGUCUCACACACAAAAGAAAAUUUCAGAAUUUUCUUGUGAAUUACUGCAUCAUUUUUUAUCUUUUGGGGGUUCAAAAACUUAAAUGAAAUACUGGACUUUGUAUUUAACAAGGGGUCACAAAUGGACAAUGGUUUGUUUUAAGGGGUCACAAGCCAAAAAGUUUGGGAAACGCAGCAUUUAUAAAAUCAGAGUCAAUGCUGCUCAAGUAAUUACAGCCUAAAGUAGAGCAUUUUGUUUACACAGCCAACAGAUAAAGUCAUUUGCAGCACACAUGGCGCCUUCAGCAACUAAAGGACCUUUCAUUAAAGGAAGCAGUCAGUGCACGACAUGAACACAAGCUGCCAGUCUAAUGUGUGUUUCAGAGGUCCAUUUAAAACUAUGUUGGUUAAUAAUAAAUCCUAAAGAUAAUCUUAAUUUUCUUUUAGGGAACAUUUUUCAAAUUGCUUUAAAUACAGUAUAUUAAACAACAAAUCAUAAUCUGAAAUCAUCUAAUCUUUAGAAAAGUGUUAUCACUUUGCCCCCAAGGAUAAUUACUACAUGACGCAUCCUUCACCAAGUAACCAGUGUCAUUUUAUUACAAAUAUGGUAUUUCAUUUUUCAUUUAUUUUAGUCUUGAGAAUGUUUGCACUUAUGGGCCGUAUUGUCUUAAAUAUGACGGGUCAUGUUUCUCAUUGGACUCUCAAGUAAUCUAAUCUAAUGUUUACAUAUUAGAAAACAGAAGCAAUAUUUCCACAACAAAAUGCCUUUUUUUGCAUGUGUGUUUUACAUUUUGUUGACCUUUGACUGCUAAGAUUGAAAAUGUUCUUUUAUUGCAAUGAAUCAUCUAUAAAUACAACAUGUAACAGACCAUGUAUCAUCCAUGAUAGUUGUAUCAUCCAGCUUUCAUUUAUCACCCAUGUAUGUAAUUGAGUGCAAAAUAUACGGUAAUAUAUCAGUUUUACAAUUCAUUGUCAGGCCAUAACGUUUCAGCAGCUAUGCCAAAUAUUUAAUUUAUGUCAGAACUCAAUGACUUUUGUUAUCUGAUCCAGAGUAGUUCAAAUCAAUGAAUAAAUAGUAUGUUAUGUAGCACUUUAUACUUUGUGCCAUCUUUGCAAAGUUACACUUUGCAUAGAGUUAUUCUACAGCAACAGUUUUGUGCAGCAUGCUGUGUAGUUCUAGCUGAAUUAUACAGACAAAUGCAUUAUUUGUACAAGAUAUAAUUAUUAUCAAACUAAUUGCUGGUAAUUUUUAAAUAAGCUACAACAGGAAUCACUUUUCUUUGAGUUAAAAUGUCUUCACUCCUAAUUUGUUUACUUCUCUGCCUUGUUAAUAACACAAUCAAACACAUGAUACUAACAUAUUUAAAGUUGCUUUGGAAGAAGCUGUCAUGAUGUAAAGUGGAGCCUCAUAGUUUAAGAAGAAACAAGAAAUAUAUAGGCAAACACAUAUCCUGUUGUUCUGUUUUGAAGAAAAAAUGUUGUUUAUAAUGUCCAUUGCCAUUGUAAUAGGGGAGAUAGUUCUAUUUUUUGGAGGCCAGUUGUGAUGUUAUAAUAUUUUAUGCGCAUGAAGUCGGACUCUCCACAGUUCCUUCAUGUGGUUUUGGGAGCUGUCUCGUCUCCACUGGCCUGAGCUCAGUCUUGUUGUGGUCUGGCUCAGAGUCAGAGUGUCUCAAUGGUUCCAUUCUGCAGCGGAGAAGAUCAAUCUGAACCUGACCAAACCACAACUGGACCCAGCUGGGCUCAACCGAGCUAAUGGAGACGAGGCAAAAGUGUUCUUAUGCGAGCUGCGUGGGUCCAGUACACUGCCUGCUUUUUUUCAUCAGUUUGGUUCCUUAUUUGAUUCCUACCUCUGUAUUGUAUGAAAACGCCCCUUUUGGAUAAUAAAAGUUUGUUUCUU